CCAUUUCCAAUCUCUUCAGUCUUCAUCUCUCUGUUUUCUCUUUCUCUGCAACUCGAAAGCAUCAUGGACAAAGAGCAAGAAGAGAUGCAAUUCGUUGGCUUCUUCGGCAUCUUCAAUGAAUCCUACAGAGCCAUCUCUGCAUGGAGGAAAACCUUCUGCAAAAUCACUUUGUCUUUAAUCCUUCCUCUAUCAUUCAUCUACCUUGUUCACAUGGAAGUCUCGAAUCUCGUCUUUGGCAGAAUCAUCCACAACGAGAUCGAGCUCGACCACACUCGAUCCGGCACUCCCAAAUACGAAAAACUCUCCGACCUUGUCUCCGACGAGUGGGCUUACUUUUGGCUCUUCAAAGCCGCCUACUUCACCCUGUUUUUCAUCUUCUCGCUUCUCUCGACCGCCGCCGUCGUUUACACCAUCGCCUGCAUAUACACAGCUCGGGAACUCAGUUUCAACAAGGUCAUCAGUGUCGUUCCCAAGGUCUGGAAGCGGCUCCUGGUUACUUUCUUAUGCAUUUUCGUCGCCAUGUUUUCCUACAACGUCGUAGCGUUUGCCGUCUUGUUCGUUUCCGCCAUUUCAGUCGGGCGGAGCGAUCUGGGUUUGGCGGUCGUGUUCGUUUUUUUCGUCAUUUUCUAUCUGGUGGGGCUUUUGUAUUUGACCGUGAUCUGGCACUUGGCCAGCGUCGUUUCCGUUUUAGAAGAGGCAUACGGUUUCAACGCCAUGGUCAAGGGCAAGAACCUGAUAAAGGGGAACACAUGGGUGGCGGUGCUCAUUUAUCUGACGCUCGGGAUCGCCGCCGUCGCCAUCCAGUCUGCAUUUCAGACGCUGGUGAUUCACGGGAGCGGCUCCGGCGUGGGCACGAGGGUCGUGUAUGCAGUAUUCUCUUUGUUUUUACAUUCCAUGUUGACACUCUUUGGAUUAGUCAUCCAGACCGUGCUUUACUUCGUCUGCAAAUCUUACCACCAUGAAAACAUCGACAAAUCUGCCUUGUCGGACCACCUGGAAGUUUAUCUGGGAGAAUAUGAACCUUUGAAGGCCAGGGACGUUCAAUUAGAGCAGUAUGAUGUUUGAGUUGAAUUAAAACAAUGGGGUCGAUGCUUGUAAAUUGUACUA